AUUUCUGGGAGUGCGAGACUUCAACCUAAAAAGUCAAACAAACAUUUCUAGCAUUAUAUUCUCUAUCCACCUCUUUAAAAUACUUUCACUGCCAUAUGAACUCUUAUUUCAUCCUGCUGAAUUCGUUACUGCUGCUUUUAACAACCUUUGAAUCUACUGAAGCUCAAGGAUAUGGAGGCCUGAUUCCAGGUUUGGGAACUGGAGGCAUAUUCCCAAGUAUAGGAAGUGGAGGAUGCUGUUGCUGCUGUUGCUGUUGCUGUUGCCCAACCGUGGUUGUAACACCGCCACCAACGCCACCACCUGUAGUAUAUCGUCCAUGUUGCUGCUGUGUCCCGGCAGGAUAAGUAUAGCCUCUAAUAAUGUCAGCCACUACCUAUCGCUACCUUAUGGAUAUGAAGUGGCAGCCUUACAUUCCGUUUCAUAAAGCUAUGCAUCGAUUAGCGCUACACUGGACAGCCGUCGCAGCACCAACCGGUGGAGAUGGAGGACAUCAGUUGUUCGUGUAUCGUCAUGUGCUGUCUCUGCUGCAGGCAUAGGUGCUUUUAUGUAGCAUAAAUUAUGUAAAUAAAAUAGAUAGUAUAUGUGCUUUAUGCUGUAAAAUUGUGACGAUUAGUCAAAGCAGUUGUCAGAAAAGUUUAUUGGCUUUGCUAUCAUGAAGAAAUUGUCAGUAAUGUUAAUAAUGAACUUGUAGUGUAAUCUUUGCUAUAAAAUUCGUGAUAAUCA